AUGGGGUUUGUGGACUUUGCGAUUGACCUCGCAGCGGUUCUCAAUGCCUCUCGGUCAGUCGCAUCCAAGCAUGUCGCUCUUCGGGGCCGGCAGCUAGACGUCUACAGCAAGACGUCGAGCGUGGGAGCUUUGUUGAGGAACAAGGCUGUCGGCAGUGCGGCGCAGGCGGGCGAUUCAAGGCGGAAUGAGUCUGCUCGUGGGAGUCAGGCGGUGGAGAGUGAGAGCGUGGACGGUGAGGGCGUUGGCAGGAAAGCGUCCGAGUCUGCGGCUUCAUACUCGUCCACGCCAGUUUCAGAGGGGUUGAAAGUGGAAGAUUUCAAGGUCCGUGAACAGCCGGCGUUCAAGACUUCCUUGUCAGGAGACGAUGCUGUGCGACAGAGGAUAGAGGAAGCGCCGAGGACAUCUUCUGCGACUCAUGAUCAGGAUCGAGACAAGCUCAACGAAGAGCUGGGCGUGCCUCAGGGAGCUGACAUCAACGUCUUCCAUAUUGCGCGGGGCUCGCAGAUCUUGGGAUCACUACGCAGACAACCAGGGCCGGCGAGGAGCACAAGACAGGCUCGUCAGACCUCUGAGUCUGUUGGAUCCUCCGUGUCAACGCCAGGCGAGGCGAAGGUGUCUGAAUCCGAAGCUCGGCGGGAUCCUCUACGGGAUGCCACACUUCAGGCUACACCGGAAACUGUAUCAGAGGCUGUACCCAAAGCCACAUCGGAAGCUACACCAGAAAGCACAAAAGAGGCUGCAGCCCAGGAGGCCUUCGUCCCCGAAACACCGCCCGCAAACGUGCCCAGCUAUCAGCUGCGGGAAUCCAAAGUGCCGGCUACCCGAUUCAGCCGCAUCCUCAACUACGGCGGCCUGGCUGCCGGCAUGCUUGGCGGAGCCGUGACGGAGAGCGUCAGCAGAGCCUUUGGGGGCGGCGGCCAAGGAUCCGUGUUGCUCAGUGGCGGCAAUAUGGAGAGACUGGUCGCCAAGCUGUCCCGGAUGAGGGGUGCCGCUCUGAAGCUGGGGCAGAUGAUGAGCUUCCAGGACUCCAAGAUGCUGCCAGCCCCUAUCCAGGAGGUGCUGCAGCGGGUUCAGGACCGAGCGGACUACAUGCCGGCGUGGCAGCGGGACCGGGUCCUGGCCAGCAACCUUGGCUCCGACUGGCGAGACCUGUUUAGCGAAUUCGAAGAGAAGCCUAUUGCCGCGGCGUCGAUUGGCCAGGUGCACAAGGCCGUGCUCAAGUCGAACGGGAAGCGAGUGGCCGUCAAGAUCCAGUUUCCUGGUGUGGCCGACUCCAUCAACUCUGACCUGGACAACCUCGGCAUCCUGCUGACGGCCACGAAGCUGCUCCCCAAGGGCCUCUACCUGAACAAGACGAUUGACAACGCGAGACUGGAGCUGGGCUGGGAGUGCGACUACUUGCGCGAGGCAGAAUGCGCGAAGCGCUUCAAGGAACUCCUCCGGGGCGAAGAGGACGUCUUCGAAGCCCCUGACGUGUACCCAGAGGCAUCCGGCAAGCAAGUAUUGACCAUGGACUUUCUGGACGGCAUCGGCGUAACCCGCGUCAAGUCGUUUACCCAGGAGCAGCGCGACUGGAUCGGCACGCAGAUCCUGCGGCUGUGCCUGCGGGAGAUUACAGAGUUCAAAUUCAUGCAGACAGACCCCAACUGGACCAACUUCCUCUACAAUGCCGCGACGAACAAGCUCGAGCUGCUCGACUUUGGCGCUUCGCGAGAGUACCCCGAGGAGUUCAUCUCGCAGUACGUGCAGCUCCUCGAGGCCGCGUCCCGGUCCGACCGGGAAGGCGUCAAGAAGUUCUCCGAGGGCCUGGGCUACCUGACGGGCCACGAGAGCAGGACGAUGCUGGACGCGCACGUCCAGUCGGUCCUGACACUGGCGGAGCCGUUCCUCGCGUCGGCGCCCGAGGUCUACGACUUCAAGGACCAGACCAUCACGGAGCGGGUCAAGGCCCUCAUCCCGGUGAUGCUGCACGAGCGGCUGGCGCCGCCGCCCGAGGAGACGUACAGCCUGCACCGGAAGCUGAGCGGCGCGUUUCUGCUGUGCGCGAGGCUGGAGAGCAAGGUUCGGUGCCGCGAGCUGUUUGUCAACAGUGUGGCCAAGUCGGGAUAUGUUGGAAGUGUUUAG